UCACUGCCCCCUCUAAAAUACAUUGUUACAGAAUAGAAAAAGACUUGAAUGCGCAUAGGAAAAAUGUACUUUAAUUUUUAAACUACAACUUUCGAGUAUAUUUCCAAUAAUGUCCGAUCAAAACAUCAGUUAUAUGAAUGAACAAAUAAUCCAGUUAUGCAAAGCACGUCAGUUUAUUCAAAUCUAGUUAAAGCAACCAGGACCCGUUUCGUUUCUUUGUAUUUGUGACAUUUCCGAACAUCCCCUGAAGGCAGCAGUGGUCGACACGCCUUUGAAGAAAACCGGAAACUAGUUGAAAAAAAGAUAGUUAGCCAGCUAGCUCUAAAGAAGGGAUUUGUUUAAGUUGUACUAUUUAUCACGUCAAACCCUUCCAAACCUCCACAAUGUCCGGGGCAUCCAACGUCGUAGCGAUGAAGAAAAUUGUCCAACAGUUACGGCUUGAAGCCAGUAUGAACAGAGUUAAGGUGUCCCAGGCCGCCGCGGACCUCCAGCAGUUCUGCCUGCAGAACGCCCAGCAGGACCCCCUCCUCACCGGCAUGUCCCCCGCCGCCGUUUUGGACCCUUUACUGUCCAAGUGGGCUGCAGGAUCCUGCAUUGUGUACUGGAAUCCCCUCAGGAUCGUUAGGGAAUUUGGGCCAAAUGACUAAUAUAAGCCUUUUUAUUUUAUGUCUCUUUUUUUAGAUUUGUUUUGAUAACUUUUACCUUUUUGUGACCUUUUUUUUGUAAAACCUCAAAUGUUUCCUGCUGCUUGUGUAGCACAAGACAUGUCUUAACUCCUAACUCCUAUGAACAUGCGUGCCUUUUUUGAAAUGUACGUUUUUACUGCCAGAUUAGCAAUAAAUGAUAUUUCCAAAGUGGAAACGUGU